AUGAAUUAAAGAAAGAGAGUUAAAACUCUGUUAGAUUAUAAUAAAAUUGAAAGAGAUUUACCUAAUAGUGAAUUAACAGAAUAAGAAAAAUCUAUUGUGGGUUUAGCUAUAAGAGAAAGAAAGUUUAAUCUAAGAACAAGAAUUAAAUCAGUUAAUUCAAAAGCAGAAUUCUGCAAAAAUUAUAGAGAGUAUGAGGAUAAGAUGAAACUAUCAAUCGCAUAAAUUGUUGAUUUUGAAUACAAAUAAUCUAGAUAAAGUGUGUCAACUGUUAAACAUAGAGGUUAAUUUACAACAAUAUUUUCAAUUCCAAAACCUAGGUAUGAUCCAUCUAUUGUCUAUGGAUCAUAAAAUAAUAAAAGAGUGGUUAAUAUAAAGGAAAUACUUAAAAAGCUAUGA